AGGUCUCAUGACACAAGAAGAAUUGGAUAUUUACCGCAGCACUCAACCUUCUGAAUAUACUUUAUAUUUUGUACCACUUGUAUGGGCAUUAGAUAUGGUCACAAAAGCCCGUGAAGAAGGCUAUAUACAUUUUGAUAGAGCAGUGGAAAUACUGACGAAUGAAAUCACAGCGUUUCGUGGGAAAUUAGGUACAAUAUUCAGUUAUGAUUGGGUCAAUCCCCCACUAGUAUAUACUCAGACAGUUACAAUAGCUGUAUAUGCAUAUUUCGGUACAUGCUUACUUGCUUGGCAGUAUUUGGAUCCAUCUAAACACUAUGAAGGUCAUGAUGUUGAUAUUUAUGUGCCAAUUUUUGGUUUGUUACGUUUCUUCUUUUAUAUUGGAUGGCUUAAGGUUGCAGAAUCACUAAUUAAUCCAUUUGGUGAAGACGUUGAUGACUUCGAGAUUGAAUACUUAAUUGAAAGAAAUUUACAUGUGUCGUACCUUAUUGUUGAUGGAAUGCAUCAUGAACAUCCGGAUCUCGUACGUGAUGCAUUCUGGAAUACAACAGACAUUAUACUCCCAGACUGGAGUAAGUUUGCAUCUGAGGGUGGCAUUGCAGAAAUGGACAUGGAUGUACCAGAGACGGGUGAUAAAUUUAUUGGUUCACUGGCUAAUAUUGAUGUAACUGAACGCAAAUCAAGCAUUGCAUUUUGGAAUAGUACGAAUUUACACAGACGAAGAACCUCUACAAUGAGUGUAAAGUUAUCAAAGUCAAACAUUUUUUUUACCAGACAUCUAUGGUGCUAGCGCAGUUGAUACUAGAGUUCUCAAAGUCAACUCUAUACGUUGCAAUAUUUUCGGCCCAAGAGUCCCAGUCUUGAUAAGUCAGCCAGUUGGAUUACAAUAGUUUAAACACUGCUUCUGUAUAUCCUAUUGAACUCGAUCUUCAACUAUAGAAACUGCAUCACGUGUGUAGAUCAUUCCCGUCUGCUCAGUCGAAUGUAUUGACUGAUGCUGUCGAUAUCUCAAAUCUGUCCAUACUAUUCACUGGUAUGUUGCAUAAUCCUAAUGAAGAAUAGUAUGUAGUCUAUAAAGUGGGGUUAGAAAAAAGCUGUAAACCUUUAGUUUGUUAUUUUAUACACUGUUGGUUUGAGCCGUGCUUCUCAUAAAGAAUUUUAUCAUAUACAUAAUAAGUUUGAGUACAGUGGAAUAUCUGUCAUUCAUAGCGUAGUAGUACACUGAUUCUUUUAUGUGGAUAUCGUGUUGCACUGAAAGAUAAAAUGAUUAUUCUAACUCGCUUAAUUCCAAAAAGAUAUGGUAUUACCUUUGCUUUCAUACUCUUGUAUUCGGUGCUUUUAUCUUCCGAAACAGUGAGUGAACAAGCCUGUAAGUGAGUGUCUUGAUAAGUUGUCUUUCAGUGUUCUGUUGUUAAUCAAGCUAUGUAGCACCUGUCAAAAUGGUUGUCGUUAUGAUUACGAUUAUUCACGCCCGCUGCUUUACAGCACUGUUAUAACGAUUGCUGUUUGCAUAUGUAGUCAGGAUUGUUUGAAAAUAUAAAUCGCAAUUACACUUGUGUAUUCUUUACAGCGCUCAUGUUAGCUACCUGUAUUUUAACUGUUGUGUUUUUCAUGCAUGCAUAAGAUGGAAGUGUAUCACCUAUAUAACUGGAUUGUUACACGCUUGCUGCAUUAGUUUCUUUAGUAUUUUGCAGUGUAAUCUUUACUGAAUGUCUACAAAUUCCAGUUUGUUGUAUGUUAUUUAUUUAUAUCCUAGCAGGAACUUUUCUGUUAUAAAAGUCAUUUGUGGUAAAUUUUAACAUAUAUGUCCCCAAUAGCUGUUUUACUUGUAGUUGUAUAAACAGAUGUCCAAAUUGAGUUUUUUCCUCAAUUUGGGUUUUGUUUGACAAUCGUAUCAAACUCACGCUUAGAUACUAUUAUUCGCAUCAAUUUGGAAUAAUUAACAUUUUGAUUUCUAAAUUUAUGCCAAUGGAGGUUUAUCAGCCAAAAUCUAACCUCAGCAAAUAACUAUAUCUGUUCAUCUUCAUUGUACCA